AGCAGGCUGCUUCCCCUUUAACGGCUGACGCACUUGGUGUCCCACUUUGGAGAAAGCAGCAGCAGCAGCAGCAGCUGUGGGGCCGGAGGGGACGUCGGCGCUUCGCUGGACCCUCACACCGUCCACCAUCAUGGAGUUUCUGCUGGGGAACCCGUUCAGCUCGCCGGUGGGGCAGCGGAUCGAGCGUGCCACUAACUCCAGUUUACCAUCUGAAGACUGGGAGCUAAACAUGGAAAUCUGUGACAUUAUCAACAGCUCGGAGGAAGGGCCCAGAGAUGCAGUCAGAGCCAUAAAAAAGAGGAUUCUCGAAAACAAGAACUUCAAAGAAAUCAUGUAUGCUCUUACUGUCCUUGAGACCUGCGUGAAGAACUGCGGCUACAGAUUUCACAUCCUGGUGACGACGCGUGACUUCGUGGAGGGGGUUCUGUUACGCUCCAUCAUUCCGAGGAACAACCCUCCGCAGGUUGUGCAUGACAGAGUCCUCGCCAUCAUACAGGCGUGGGCAGACGCAUUCCGCAGCUCACCCGACCUGACAGGCGUGGUGUCCGUGUAUGAAGACCUGCGAAGGAAGGGACUGGAGUUCCCCGUGGCUCAGCUCGAUGGCUACUCGUCGACUGAAGCUCCAAAAAAGCAUUUACCCAGGAAUGGGCCUACUGUUACUACUUUACCUGCUAUGCGCCUGUCUUCUAAACCUCCUCUCAUCCCAGCUCACACCUCUGAGCUCAAAUUGGCCCUGGAGGGAACCGGUGCCUUCACUCCUAGCCAGAUAAAGAUGCUAAAGACGGAGCUGGGAGUGGUGCGUUGCAACCUCUCCACCAUGUCAGAGAUGAUGAGCCAGCUGGAUCCAGUCACAGUCAAACAAGCAGACAUGGAGCUGCUGGAGCAGUUGUACACUGUAUGUAAGGAAAUGCAAGACAGGAUCGUGAAGAUCAUCCCCAGACUCAGUGAGGAGAAUCUGAUCGAGGAGUUACUGGCCACCAACGACGAAAUGAACACCGCCUUCACUCGCUACCACAGGUUUGAAAGGAGAUUAACAAAUGGGCAAAGCUCAGAGCAGAAGAGCCCCUCUUAUGUGAACCUGUCGGAUUUUGAUUCACCUAUCAGCCAAUCAGGAUUAACUUCAGUUAAAAGCGACAGCUCCCUCAGUCUGUCUAAGCCGGACAGUUUGUCCAGUCAGUUGGCUAAACUGAGUACAAGUGAAUCAGAUGACGUUUUAUCGCAGAAAAUAAACAUCUCAAGCCAACAAAGACUGAGUGAUAUGAACGAAGUGGACGGUCUGGCUCAAGCCCAGGAUAGCACUUUACAAAACACUGGAUUGAAGGAUGAGAGUCCCGCCUCGACCCACAGCUCUUCACCAAAGUUAGAUUGGAUGAUUAAAAGGGGAAUGAUUCCCAUCAACCAGUCCAACGUCAUGGAUGAUAUAGAGAAAUGGCUCUCAUUAGAAGAUGAGUACGAUGACUUUGAAGAGUCGGACGGCGUAACCAGUGAAGAGUUCGACAGGUUUUUGGCAGAAAGAGCAAAAGCUGCUGAGCGCCUGCCAUCCCUUCGAAGCUCCUCACAGGACGUCAACUACUCCGAGUCUUAACCCAGGCACUAACAAUGCCGUCCGAGCUCCGGCGCCAUCAGCUAAAAUGUGGAGAAGUCAUCCUGAUGAAUGAUUAAGUAGAGGCUGUUAUGCUGAAGGAACGCUGGACAUGUUUGGUUACUCUGCGCUGGAGACAAAGCUUGCUUGUGACUGGAUGAAAAACCUGCUGUUAAAGGAAGAAGAGAGAUUUUAACUUGACAUUAUGAGGGGUUUGUAUGCGAGCAAACUUUUGCACAUUUUAUACGGUUACAUUCCUAGUGUUUAGGACAAAAGAUGUUGCUACAAAGAAAUAUUUGCAGGAUAUGUUACGUGUAAUACUGCUGUAAAAUGUAAAUAAAUAUAUUAUAAAUAUGUAUAUUGGUAACAUGAAGGGUAAAAAGCUACUAUAAAAAACCAUGUAAACUAUUAAAGCUCUGAUGUAACAUAG